AUGUCGCCGCGCCGCCGUGGAUCUUCGGGCUACCGCGGCGUCCGCGAGCGCCCCUCCGGCGCCUACUACGCCGAGAUCCGGUCCGGCGACGUCCGCCUCGGCCUCGGCACGUUCGAGACCUUGCACGAGGCCGAUCGCGCGUACGAUGCGGCAACGUGGCGCCUAAGGAGGCCUCGCGCGCAGAUGAAUUUCCAGGACGUCUACACGCACGAGCAGGCGCAAGACCUCGCCCCUCCGCCUCGUCUGAUAACAGACCAGGUCCAUGAGGAGCACCGUCGACGGCAGCGCCGCCUCCUCGUCGUAGAGGAGGACGAGCGAGUCAUGACGGAGUGGCGCCGGCGCCACCCGGAGGACGUCGCCGCCGAGAACGCCUUCUGGGCGGAGAGGACGGCAAGGCAUCGCGCGGAGAGGGACGACAGGCGUCGGCGCAAGGCACUGGCUAUAUUGCAGUGCGAGGUCGUCAACAACAGUGGGACAUCGAUCUUCACUUCUGACGAUGAACGUUGGGACGACGCAUGGCUCGAUACCUCGGACAACAGCGAGAAUGACGACUCGGAGUAG